AGUAGUAGUAGUAAACAGAAGUAAACAGUGACCAAUAACCAUUUCCACGUUAGCGGUUUUAUUGUUAUUUAGAAGUUUAUUAACACAAUGGAACUCAAAAUAUGACUAAUUUAAAUGCACAGCAUUACAUACUUACCUCAGGUAGUUAUUAAUUCGCGUUGGAGACAGGACUUGGUUGAUAGAUGUUAUUUAGCUAGGUAGCCGCUAACAACAAUGGCUAACGUUAAUUGUAUGGGUUUUCACACUCAAAUAGCCUCCAUCAUAGAGGUGCUAGCGAAUGCAGCCGUGGCAGAGAUCUGUAAACUCGUAGACGACGACUAUGCAGUGUUUCGUUUGGAAAUGUCUCAAAGCCAGAAAGAAAACAGGGGAUUGCGGCGGAAACUACAGAUAUUGGAACUGAAGGUGGCACGGGAGCGCGUCCUUACCAGUCGUCCCAGUAGUGUCAAGAUCCUCGACCGAUACAGAGGAAUGGCAAGAGGUGAAGGACAUCUCACUGGAGGCCACAGGAGCUUUGUGAAGCCAGCAGGACACAAUACAUGGAGAGAUGACCAACCAAUCACUGUUGAUGAGGGGAGUGGAACCUCAACCCAGCACGUUAUCGUGAUAGAGUCUGCAGAUGCAGAGGCUGCAGGUCCUGGGGUCAAGCAGGAGAGGACUGAAGGAGAGAAGGACCCACGGCACAGCAGAGACAUCCAGACUGAAACAGCGGCUGGGGUGAUGCCCCCUGUAGCCACGGAGGACCUACACACCGCUGCCGUGCCCCAGGCCAGGACCAGACGCAGCAUCUUGGAGGUCAGUGGAACGCCGAACGCCGUCCUCAAGUCAAAGACAGACACCGAGACUUUAACUGUAACACACAGGCUCUUACACACAGGAUCUGACCACAGAUCAGACCCAGAGAGACUUGGGAGACUGGGCUGUCCUCCUGCUUCCGGCUCAGAGUACCUACCGGUAUUUCACCAGAGCCAGAGGAUGGAUCAUUCCCGUGGAGAUGGAGAUGGUGAUGGUGACGCAUUAGACACUGGCGUUGAUGAUCUGUCUUGUUCUUACGCUACAGAGAUGGACCCUGGUAACAUGCCCUUGGGUUUAGAGACACAGACUGAUCUGUCUAGAGGGGAAUGGAACCGGUACAGUAGUAGUGUGUACUCUGAAGGGUGUCUAGAUAAGAAAAGUGAGGGUUUAGUCGUAGAUGAGGUGACUGUAAAAUUGGAGGGCAAUGUACCUCCCACAUGGAAUGGUCACUUAGGAGACGGACACUCGCAGGGCAGAGAUUUCUUAGACUACAGGGAAAGCUUAGAGACAAAUCAAAAUGUCGCCACCCACUCCCUUUUACACGCGUUCAGGGAUCGCGACCCAGUGUCCACGUCGAUGGGGCCUUCUGAUUCACACAGCCACAUCCUUUUCGAUCAGGUAUUGAACUCAAACGACAGGUCUAGAGCUCAGGGAGGGGGAGCCACAUCAGGCAAUAGUAAAGAGAAACGGUUCCUCUGCAUGUUCUGUAACAAAGGCUUCAGCUGCCCCCAGAAGGUGGAGAUCCACAAGAGGGUCCACACUGGGGAGAAACCCUUCAGCUGUACCCAGUGUCACGUGUGCUUUGCCCAGGCUGGUGACCUGAAGAGGCACCAGAGGGUCCACUCAGGGGAGAAACCCUACAGCUGCCCCCAGUGUGAGAAGCGGUUCUCCCGCCAGGACCAGCUGAAGAGGCACCAUAUGGUCCACACGCGAGAGAGGCCGUUUGCCUGUACUCACUGCAGGAAGAGGUUCUCAGAGAGGAGCUACCUCAGGAUACACCAGCAGAAAAACCAUUCCACUCUAUAGCUUCUGACAUUUACAUCAAACACUGCAUUAAAGACAAAUUUACAUUUUCACGGUUGUCAGCAGAAAAGGUCCACAGAUACAUUUGGAUUAACAGAUUUCAUUGUUGAAUAUUCCUGGGUAGAAUAUUGCAUCCAGACAUUGUGUGAUAUAUAAUCCUAAAGUCUGAUACAUAUUGUGUUUGUACUGUGUAGGCUAUAUGAUGUUCACAAAUGUCUAUUUCAUUACUUCUAUUAAACUACAAAAUGUUUUUCCAAUACAUUUUUCAUGAGAAAAUGUAUGCAAGUUAUACAUUUUUUGUUGAUAUGUGUAUAUGUGGUAUUCAUAUAUAGUGUAUUUAAAACUUGUUUAUGUUUAAUAAACACAAAAUGGGACUUUUAAUUCCAAGACUUUCA